AUGGAACUACAAGGGGCCCAAGAGGACCUGGGCAUUUCCCUCUCUAGUCCCCGGAAGGACCAUGAAACCAGGCCAGGAAGCAAGGCUAAGGGCAGGAGCAGCGUCUGUCUCCAGGGGUCUGUUUGGACUGCUAUAAGAAAGCUGAGGCUCAGAGCAAGUGAACAUCUCACCCAGGGUCACUAACAAGAGCUCAGGGAGUGGAACCCAGGAGAAGAUGCUUCCGUUCUCUUCUCCAAGAGUCCUUUCAGGGCUGGCAAGUUGACACAAGCUGCAGCUCAUGCCUUCAGACCAUGCUGGGUCCAAGGAAAUGCAUGGAUCUCCUCCAUUACAAAGUUUGACUCCAAGAGAAGCCCAGAAGUGGCUUCCAGCCCCUCCUACCUGACUGUGCCCCGCCCUUCACCACUUCCUGUCUUCCUGCCACCCAGUGGCAGAUGUGUCUGUGGGGGCUGCUACCUGGGAAAGUCCACCAGGGGGAGUGCAUGGCAAUCUCUCCUCUCAGAUCCUCUGGGGGGUCCUUUCCCCACCCAAACUAGGCCUGGAGGUUGA